AUGGGCCGCCAUGUAGUAACGGGCCGGGCUCUGGUCGGCCGUGAGGAGUACAUCGGUCGUCUGGCCCGGAGCCACGACUACGACGUCGGUCGAGUAAGGGUUCGUGUAAGAGGCAUCGACAGCGACGACUGUCAGUCUGUGGGCCGCGAUUUUGAAGAACAGCUGGUUGUUCAGUGCAGCGUUGAUUAUUCGGAGGAGAUAGGUUUUCCCGCGUACUACGUGCAAUUGAUGUAUGUUAUAUUGCUAAUUAAUUACCAAGGAGAAUUGGGACUUCUCUAUAAGGCUUUGGGAACGGGUAGGGUUGACCGGAUCUGGGCCGGAUUAUUAGGGCUCCAUAAACCGUGGCCCGAAGCCAUUGAACGUGCGCAUGCCACCAAAGAGUUCCCUCUUGUCGAGUUAUCCUGUGUCCUGGUCGGAUGGGGCAUUGGGUUGCGUAUUCGGGCCCAUCGGCCCAACCGCUUAGAAGUUGAAACACACCAUGCCUAA